AUGGGUUCUCGUUACGAGGUGGAAGUGAAGCUCUCAUCGGCGCGUGGGUUGAAGAACGUGAACUGGCGCAACGGCGCGAAUCGCCCGUACGUCGUCGUUUGGGUGGAUCCCAGCAACAAGCUCUCCACGCACGUGGACGAGAACGGUGAUACGGACGCGAAUUGGGAUCAGACGCUCGUAAUUCCGUUACCGCCGAAGCCCCUCGAAGAUCAGACGCUUUACAUCGACGUGGUUCACGCCGGCUCGGAGGAAGACACCAAGCCGCUCAUCGGCUCGGCUCGGCUCAAGCUCACGGAGGUUCUCAACGACGUCGGAAUGGGCGAGCGCCUGGGCCGCACUCUCACGCUGAAGCGUCCCUCGGGAAGACCGCAAGGGAAGGUUGAGGUUAGCGUGACAAUCAGGGAGCCCCGCUAUCCUGCGCCUGGUGCGUACAACGCGCCGGGUUACGGCGUGAGGGAUUAUUCCCCUGCGCCCCAGGCCUAUGGGUACCCUCCCUACGGUGCUCCGCAGCAAGGCGCGUAUUAUUCUGCCGCGCCCCCAAGUGGGUAUCCUUAUAAUGCGCCUACGCAGGGUUAUGGUGCGCCACCGCAGAGUGGGUACGGCUAUAAUGCGCCGCCGCAAACGGCGUCGUAUGGACAGGGGAGCGAGUACGGGUACGCGCCAAAGGAGGAGAAAAAGAAGAGUAAGUUUGGGGGGAUGGGGACAGGAUUGGCUGUGGGCGCGGUCGCUGGGGUUCUAGGUGGAGUCGCGCUUGUCGAGGGUGCUGAGUUUCUCGAGAACAAAAUUGCUGAUGACGUGGCCGAAAGGGUGGAGGAUGAUCUUGGUUACGAUGGUGAUGACUUUUAG